AUGCAAAUAGCAGUCUGCAUAUUACUUAUACAGUGGGCUCAGUUGAAAUUGAGUGAGGGGACGGAGCCUACCACAUGGAUGGAUGUAACGUUCCGAAUCAAGAAGCUUAACUUUGUAUGGUCAAAAGCUGUGCAUCACCUCAGUGACAAAAGCUUGAUUAAGCAGUUAAAGAAUGAAUUAGAUAAAUUCGAUUCACUUUACUUGUCUGCCAAAGCAGGAACUAUAAAGAAUUCAAAAAUGUCGAUAGAAGAUUUAGACAACAAGCUUGAAAAACUUCUUGAAAAGUAUGGUUUGGAAUCUGCUCUAACUGCGUAUUUGAAGAAAUAUAAAUGGCAGAACGAAGAAGAAAUGAAAAAAGCAAACAGUAUCCUUCCGUCUGAAAAAUUUACUGAUCUGAAAUUGCAAAAACUUUGGCAUGCUGCGCUCAACUCUAAAUUUUCAGAAGCUGCAUUAAAAGCUCUUCACAAAGAACUGAAAGAUCAUGAGCGUAAAAUGAAACUCUAUGACCAAAAGGUACAGGAGUUCAACAGAAUGAGUGAUAACACAUUACUCGAAGACAAUUUCGAAAGAAAUGACCAGCUUAGUCGAGAUUUGAAGGAAUAUUACAAAAGCAUUACAGAUUCGUAUGACAAAUUGCAUCAAAAAAUUGCUCAAGUAUCACAUAAAGUUUUUAAUAACGAGAAGGUAGAGAAUCUAUGGCAGUUGGCGUUGCAAAAUCCGAACUUUACUGCCUCAGAAUUGGAAUCUAUACGUGUCGAACUGCGUCAUUUUGAUGGUCAUCUUGAUAAGUUGAAGUAUCAUAAUGAAGAACUCGAAGCAGCAAAAGAAAAGCAAAAAAAGUUGGGGAAAAUUAAUGUUUUUGAUGACGAUGUUAGCAGUUUUGAACAAGAGAACAAGCGUUUGAGCCGUAAACUAAAGAAAUUAGGAAAUUAUUUGGAAGAAAAAAUUAUUCAUUCAGAGUUAUGA